AGACCGAGAACAAAAACAAGAAUCAGACUGCGGAAGUUCUCUGUGAAGGCAGCACCAACGAUCUUUCUCAUGCGGAGGCAACUACACCCUUUUGUUUCAGCUUGCCUAAUAAAAGUGACAGAAACAGAAUGGAGGAGAGUGCAGUGAAGCGCAAGCUUUCCACAGGUCAGCUUUUUGCUGUGUCUGAUUUAUCAUCAUGCAGCAGAAAAACAGAAUACCUGGUAUUGGUGUCAAAGUUGGUGUCCUCACACAGACACAAGAGGUUCGUCUUACAGAAUCCAGUUGGUGCCACACUGAUAGUAGGCCCCCUGGAGGACACAAUUUACAGUGAGAAUGAUGAUGAGGUGAACGGGUGGGGAAAGUUCUACCUUCCAGACAUAGUGAACAUGCAGGUUGUAGGUGUGGUGGAGGGAACAUCAUAUCCAUGUGACCAGCUUGUCCUGAUGACAUGUGAGGACAAAAAGCUGUAUGCCUACGAUGGAGAGGAGCUGCAUCUGGUGGCUUCAAGCCUUGACCAGCUACGUUCUGAUGGGAUGGAGUUUCCAGCAUCUAAGAGCUACUACGAUGGGGAGGCCUUCAAAGAUAUGACUGAGGAGGACUGGGCUGAGGUGAGGAAAGGUCCUGUGGGCAGGAGGUUGGACCAAGAGCAUCAGAAAUUGGUGAAAGAAAAUAUGUCCAGAAUCCUGACGAACCUCAAACUUGGCAAAGAGAAACACAGGCAUCAUCAGGAGCGUGGAGGUGGCCCCCUUGAUGACAACAUGCUCAGUACACUGAUGAGCAUAAAAACAAUUACUCCAUAAGUACAUGAAACAAUAAAGAAACUUUGUGUUUACA